AUGAGUUUACAAUCACUACUGAUUCCUUUGUCUUCGUUUACAUUUCAUGAUUUUAUAAUAUUUUUUAUUAUUGCUAUUGUGGCUUAUACGUUUAAAUUCUAUUAUACCUAUUUUACUCGUGAAAAUAAACUUCCUGGGCCCUUUCCACUACCUUUGAUCGGUAAUCUUUAUUUUCUUUAUAGAGAAUUAGAUGAUAUCCUCUUUGAUCUUCAAGAAAAAUAUAGAAGUGGACUGUUUGAGUUUUAUAUUGAUUCUGAGCGAAAGAUCUGUAUAGGAGAUGCAAAACUACUGAAAGAAAUUAACAAAUAUUCAUCAAAUACAAAAUUUAAAAGUCAUGCUGAAUUUGAAUUAGAUGAGUUAGCUGGCUUAGGAAUUGGCUUCAACAAUAAUUUAGAAUCUUGGAAAAAUAAUAAAGCAUUCCUGAUCCAAAGUGUUAUAACACCUUCAUUUUGGAAAAAAUAUAUUAAAGAAAUUGAAAUGAUAUUUGAAAACUCGAUAAAUUUGGUGGAAUGCAAACAAAAAAGUGCUAGUUUUGAAAUUGAUUUUAAGGAAUAG